AUGGCAGAAAGCACAGAUACCCUUAAAGAUCUUCAAGUUCGGCUCAGAAACAGCGACGAAGACACAGCCAAAGACAUUCUUUCUGCCUUAAAGCCACUCUCCAUCACCUUCGAGCAGCUGAAAGAAACGAAAAUCGGCAAAACAGUUAAACGAAUCGAGAAAAAGUUCCCAAGCCUGAAGCUUCAAACUCGCGAGCUCAUCGAAAAGUGGAAAAACGUCGUCCACGCCAAGAAAAAGGCAGCUCCUCAGCCUGCCCACAUUGAGAGGCACAGAGAUCAAGUAGUGACAAUGCUUACUGAGGUGCUCGGAGACAGAGACAUUGCUUUCCAAAUUGAAGAAGAGCUCAAUUCCUCAGUCGACAGAGCAGGAUACGCAGCAAAAGCCCGAUCUCUUAAAUUUAAUCUCAGUAAAAAUCCUGACCUUAAACUUUCAGUCCAAGAGGGCAGAAUUUCACCUCAGGAUCUCGUGAGGAUGAACCCGCGCGACAUGGCGACUGAAGAGACCAAAGAAGAAAGGAAGAAGCUAGAAAGUUCCCUGAAGGACAGCUAUAGGUCAGAUUGGCAGCUUGCGAACAAUGUACAAAAAAGCGGGAUGUUCAAGUGUGGAAAGUGUAAGUCUGACAAAACAAUUAUGUCGCAGAUGCAGACUAGGUCAGCUGAUGAGCCUAUGACAACGUAAGAUAUAUGUAGAUUUGUGAAGUGCUUGGAUUGCGAUCAUAGCUGGAAGUUUUAG